AUGGUUGAAACGCUGAAGUCUAUAACGGGAACGAAAGGCCAUAGGGGACGAAUGUUCCAUCUCUUGGAGAGAAUGUGGCAAAUGAUCUCAUCUGGGAGAGAUAAGAGAAAGCAGAAGGCAGAAAGAGGCGGCCAUCAAGUUAUUGGAGAUAGCGGUAAUCUUGAGGGGAACCAGAUUUCACGACCCAUCACAAGGUUUGAAAUGAAUGGUCCUCUUCGUUUGCAGAACCUGGUACCAGAAUUAGAAGUGCCAGCUAAUUAUGACGAAGGCGUUAUUUCUCGCCAACUCUUAUUUGAGCCCAAGGAUCAGACUGUUAACAUGGGUGCAGAUGAUACUAUUAAUAAUAUGGCAAAAGCUGAAUAUCUUGAUAACCUGUUCGCCGGAUCUUUGACAUUUGAGCCAGAGAAUCAUGAUGUUGACAUGGAAACAGAAGAUGCUAUUAAUAAUUUGAAUGUGGACUGGUUGGUUAAAGUACAUUAUCGUCUUGAAUUGCAGACAGAGGCACUCUUUCUUACUAUUAACAUAAUUGAUAGAUACCUCUCCUUGACUACAACACGAACAGUUAUGACACCAGCAGCUGGACCUGUGAUUCAUACCUUUACAAUUGGCUCCCCAGUGACUACCAAUUCAAGAGAUCCAUCAGCCGCCCCAACCAGGUAA